GCUUGAGGAAGGCUUCCUUGGCCCUUAUGUACACCCAGUAAACCUCCAUCUUUAUGCUUUUCUCUUCAAGUUUAAGUUUGUUUAGUUUCCCUUAGGAAACUCCUACAGAGAUUCUUUAGGAGGAACCAGAUUAGCAUAGUGAAGAAGAUUGACAACAAGCGAUUGGCAUCUUGAUGAAUGAGCGAAGAUUUUCUUGUUCGAAUCCGGCGACAUCUUCAAAUGUUUUCAAGUUGUCUACAAACGUUGUACAUUGGUUAUGUUGUUGAUUUUUAUAACAGCUUCUACGUUUUUCCUCGGUAGAUUGAUCCAUUUACCUAACAAUUCUUCUGGGAGCUUUUCUUCAGUGAAAAACGUAUAUGAUUUUGUUGGAUUUAGUGCCGUCCGCUUUCGUCACAGAUGGUCACGCCAAGACAAUGAGAAGAAGCAAGCGUUGUGUUACAGGUAGCUCAAGACUGAAGAAAAAUACCUCGGCGUCCUCAGUCAAAAAGAAGAAAACUGAAACUCAAAGUGACAUUUCUCACGAUAAACAAAACGAAGAUGAAUCAACACGCGAAAAUAURGAAACAAUUAUCGAAAAGAAACAUUGCGAAAACACAUUUGAUCAGUCUGAAGAGAAAUCAAGUGAGCAGAGGAACAAUGACGUCAAUUURCAGAUUGAUUCCUCUGGGGGGAGGAUUGGGGAGGAUAUUAGUCAAGAGAGGGCAGUAAAACAAGGAACCAAUGCAAUGCCUGAUUUUUUCUUACAAGAUGAAGAUGGCGAUACGUAUUUGCAUAUAGCGGUCGUACAGUGCAACGAAGGUCUGGUUAAUUAUCUCAUUCAAGCUAUGAAAACAACGACACUUGAUAUUUUCAACAACUUGAGACAGACUCCUCUUCAUCUGGCCGUUAUAACGGAACAAACAAAUCUCAUUGGACAACUAAUCAAGGCCGGAUGUGACGUAAACGCUAUGGACCGAAAUGGUCAAACUCCUCUCCAUUUAGCUUGUCAGCGAAGUGACGUGGGUAGUGCACAUGCUAUCUUUGAAAGCGCCUCAACGAACCAAAGAAGCAUCAGGUUGGACGUGAAAAAUUUURAAGGUCUUUCUCCUCUUCACCUAGCUACCAUGACAGGCAAUCGAGAACUUAUUGGCCUUAUCAUAGACCAAGGGGCAAACAUUAAUAAUAAGGACACAAGUAGCGGUCGCACGCCACUACACCACGCGGUGGAGGMGGGAAAAUAUCACGUGGUCGAGUACUUCCUAGCACGUGGUGCAAGUGCUAAUGCCACAACAUAUUCGGGUAAUACACCUUUACAUACAGCCGCAGGUCGUCAUAUGCACGAAAUGAUUAGACUUCUCAGUCAACAUGGAGCCGAUGUGAACUUAGCCAACAUGGAGGGAGAUAAACCUAAAGUUGUACAGGGAAGCGCCCAGGGUCAAAGACAGUUGGAGGCUUCUCGAAAACGUUCUAAGAAAACCAAUAACAGCAAGUCUACUGAACAGUCUACCUCUAAGAGGUCAAAAUCAUAAAUUUUGUAAAUCUUGAAAUUUGUUAAUUAUUCGGAUAUCAUAUCU